CGCAAACUCAGAAGCCGUACAUGUUUGCAGUACACCUGCGAGGACCACGCCAAUCUCGCUCUACCGCUCGUCCCAACCCCCCUGCAUCCCGCAAUGAAGCCAACACUCCCUGGCCUUCAAAGCCGCCCUCGCAUAUUGUUCCACCUGCAACGAUCAGCCGCUCUGGUCUGCUCUCAUAAUCGUGGCCGACUAUGUGGGGCACCGCCGUCAGCAUCGCGACGGCGGAGUUUGAUGACUCCUUCGGCAAAGGAAAACUUCCACCGCGUGCCAGACGCCACCCUCAUUGAAGAAGAGCUUCUUCCUGGGUACAAGGCAGAGAACUACUACCCGGUCACAACAGGCCAGAUGCUGGACUCGCGGUAUCGCAUCAUCUGCAAACUUGGCAGUGGCGUUGGCUCGACGGUUUGGCUGGCCAAAGAUGUCAAAAAUUCCCAAUAUCGAGCCCUCAAAGUCUGCACUCGGUCCUCACGCGGUGCAAUUCCAGCACAAGCCACUCAAGAGAUCGCCGUGGCUGAGUACCUCAAGACAGCUCCUGUCCAGGAGCAUCCGGCAAAGUCCAACGUACGCACAGUUUUGGACUCCUUCCCUAUAAAUUGUUCUCAUGGGACUCAUACUUGUCUUGUCUAUGCACCUCAAGGAAUGACCUUGACGGAAUUCCGCGAUUAUUUGCCGGAGAACAAGUUACCCAAGCGGUUGCUGCAAAAUACUGUCCAGCUACUCCUGAUCGCGAUGGACUAUCUUCACAAGAAUAACGUUGUUCAUACCGUACCUCUAACCAACGGACAGCUUGUGCUAUCCGAUUUGGGCUCGGCCAGAUUUGGCCAGGAGACAUUCACGGGCGAUGUUAUGCCCGAUGUCUACAGAGCUCCAGAGAUUAUUCUAGGCAUGGAGUGGUCCUCCAAAGUUGACCUAUGGUCGGUUGGCCUGAUGAUUUGGGAUCUUUUUGAAGGAACGCGACUCUUUUCUGCGAAGAAGGAUGGCGUCCUCAAUGAUGAACAACACUUGGCGGAGAUGGUGUCUCUAAUGGGCAACCCACCGCCCGAGUUUCUACGGCGCAGCAAAAUUUCUGCGAGAUUCUUCAACGAUAUGGGCAAUUGGAAAGGUUCUAUUCCAAUUCCCAACCAGUCCUUCGAAGACCGGAUCACCCAAGUCGAAGGCGAGGACAAAGAGCUGCUGCUCGAUUUUGUUCGCAGCGUCCUGUGCUGGGUGCCAGAAGAGAGGCCAACAGCCGAGGAAUUGGCUUGCCAUGAUUUUCUCAUGCAGGCCUACUUUGCGGCACAGUCGUAA